CUCUCUCCACCACCCAUCUCAAUCACUCCCUCGCUCUAUCCACCCCCCUCACCUCCCUCUUUCUCUGUUUCCAAUAUUCCCAGUCAAACAGCAGCUAUUGAUUUGGAGCCCGGGAGAUCACACGGCUAAUGGAACAGAGUUAUCGCGGUAAGACAAGAGGCAGCAGGAGGUAUUUUCAUUUGGACACUGGCGAGAGGACUCCAGGCGCAGGACCGGUUUAAACAAGCUACAGUCCGGAUAUGCAUCACCACUAGCCGUGAUUAGCAGCCUAUCAUUAGUAUUAUUGUUAUUCACCGCGCUCCACCUGCACCCCCCAAACGGCAAGGCGGUGGCUGUCCGAGGAUCUAACAGCCCCCCACCACCACUAUAGAGACACAUCGUCUCGUCUGUGAACCAGAAUCGAACCACCAACACCACCAUCCUCCUCCUCCUCCACGUCUGCAAGCUGCAAGCAUGUCGGCUGCCGGGGAGUUCCCUUCUUUCUUUAAGACCUUGGGCCAGGACAGCCCGCGAGCGAGGCAGAAAUUCUGCGGCAUGUUCUGCCCGGUGGAGGGCUCGGCGGACAGCAAGACCCUCGACCUGGACUCGGGGGCGUCCGGCCGGGGGACGCCGGGGACGGACGGACGGGUGAUCGACCGACAGACGGACAUCUCCCAGCCCCGGAGGGUGGAGAUCCACGAGUGCAAGGGGAAGGAAGCCCUGCAGAACCUGGAUAAAAAGAGCGACCGCCUACUGAUCAAGGGGGCAAAGAUUGUGAACGAUGACCAGUCCUUCUGUGCCGACGUCUACAUGGAAGACGGAGUCAUCAAGCAAAUUGGGGAGAGCCUGAUCGUCCCCGGCGGGGUGAAGACCAUCGAUGCCCACGGCCGUCUGCUGAUGCCCGGCGGCAUCGACGUCCACACCCGCUUCCAGAUGCCCGACCGAGGCAUGACCUCGGCUGACGACUUCUACCAGGGCACCAGGGCUGCCCUGGCCGGGGGCACCACCAUGAUAAUCGACCAUGUGGUGGCGGAGCCGGGCGUCGGCCUGCUGACAGCGUUCAACCAGUGGAGGGAGUGGGCCGACAGCAAGGUGUGCUGCGACUACUCCCUCCACGUGGACAUCACCGAGUGGCACCGCGGGCUCCUGGACGACAUGGAGGCCCUGGUCAAGGACCACGGUGUCAACUCCUUCCUGGUCUAUCUGUCUCAGAAGGAAGACCAGCAAAUCGCAGACAACCAGGUUUACGAGUUGUUCAGCAUUCUCCGUGAUCUGGGAGCCAUCGCUCAAGUCCAUGCAGAGAACGGCAGCAUCAUAGCUGAGGAGCAGCGUAGGGUCCUGGAGAUGGGGAUCACCGGGCCCGAGGGGCACGUCCUGAGCCACCCAGAGGAGGUGGAGGCGGAGGCAGUGAACCGGGCCGUGACGGUAGCCAACCAGACCAACUGUCCUCUCUACAUCACCAAGGUGAUGAGCAAGAGUGCUGCUGAUGUCAUCGCCCAGGCCAGGAAAAAGGGGACGGUGGUGUUCGGGGAGGCCAUCACGGCCAGUCUGGGAACGGACGGCUCCCACUACUGGAACAAGAACUGGGCCAAGGCGGCGGCCUACGUCACCUCCCCCCCGCUCAGCCCCGACCCCACCACCCCCGACUACCUCACCUCCCUGCUCUCCUGUGGGGACCUCCAGGUGACGGGCAGCGCUCACUGCCCCUUCAUGACCGCCCAGCGCGCCGUGGGCAAGGACGACUUCACCCUCAUCCCCGAGGGCGUCAACGGCACCGAGGAGCGCAUGGCCCUCAUCUGGGACAAGUGUGUGGCGUCUGGCAAGAUGGACGAGAACUACUUUGUGGCGGUGACCAGCACCAACGCGGCCAAGCUCUUCAACCUGUACCCCCGGAAGGGCCGCGUGGCGGUGGGCUCCGACGCUGACCUGGUGCUCUGGGACCCCGACGUCACCAAGAUCAUCUCCGCCAAGAACCACCAAUCCGCGGUGGAGUACAACAUCCUGGAGGGGGUGGAGGUGCGCGGGGGGCCCCUGGUGGUGAUCAGCCAGGGGAAGAUCGUCCUGGACGAGGGCGACCUCCACACCACCGCCGGGGCCGGGCGCUACGUGGUCCGCAAGCCCUUCGUCGACCACGUGUACAAGCGGAUACGGGCCCGCAGCAAGCUGGCGGAGAUGCGGGGCGUCCCCAGGGGUCUGUACGACGGCCCCGUGUGCGAGGUGUCCAUCGCCAGUAGGACCGCGAGCCCCGCCCCCUCCACCACCGCCUCCCCGGCCAAGCACGCCCCCUCCAGCGCCGGCCACCCCCCGCGCAACCUCCACCAGUCCGGCUUCAGCCUGUCCGGCUCUCAGGCUGACGACAACAUUCCUCGUCGAAACACUCAGCGCAUUGUGGCGCCACCUGGUGGCAGGACCAAUAUCACCACUCUGGGAUAGAUCACCGCACCUGAAGCCCUACCCUCAACUGGAGAAACUAAGACGUAGACGACGAAGAAAACACUAAUUUGAGCACUUUGUAUUAUGAACACUUAUAAUUUGAGGGUUUUAUACAGUACUUUUUACCCGUCAUGUAUAUUUUUUAUUGGUGCGUCUCGUUUUUUUUGAUUAUGUAGUUUUAUUUGAUAACAUUUCAAUUAAAGGGAAAUUUCAACACAAGCAUUAAACUGAUUCCGAUUGAUAAGAGCAGCGGAAUGAUACAUGUGAAGUUAAAAUCGGCAAAGAAGAAGUGACAUCAGUAUCAAUUUGCUUAGGAAGAAGAUCUAACGGAAUAGCAAGCUAGCCUGCUUAGUUAACGUAGUCGUUUUCUCCUGUUGUACUCUACGGUACAGCGGAAAGACAGAUAAUGUUUACAAGUUUACUUCCUUUCUCUGAAGAUAAAAAGAUUUUAAUCUAUUUUAAUAUUUUUUCACUGGAAGAGGUGACAUUUUGAGUGACAUUGUCUUUAAGUUGCAAACAGUGCCAUCUUCAACAAUGCAUAAUUUAGUUUGUGUACAAUUUUCUUCUUCAAUUUGAACUCAGAAGCAUGACUUUGUUCCAAUCGGAUAAUCUCUUGCAUUAGCCUAUGCUAACAGUCUUAAAUCAACUUCAAGAGGGUGCCAUCGGAUUAAUGGAAGUUGAAUUAUUCAUUCAUUGCUGUUUCUUUCCCUUCCUCGUAACAUUCACAAAAUCUUUAAAACAAAAAAAAAUGUAAACCACAUUUAAAUUAAAAUAAUUGAGUUAUUCUUCAAAAACCUUUUAGUUUUCAAACUUCAAGUAUUUAUUUCAGUUGGCCUAAAUACAACAAAACGCCAUCAUGACUGUUUCCCUAGAGAACGACAGAUGCCAUCCAUUAGACUUAGAGUAGUGAAUGUAUUAUCAUCCUCAUCUACAACUGCCUCUUUUAUACACAUCCAUCCUUCAACCUUUAACUAUUUAUGUGCCUGAAUCCACAAGAUGUAUUGAUCGUUUGGCUUUGUUGCAUCUUUCUUUGGAGAAGAGGUUGUAAGAUAAACAAUGUAAAAUAGCCAGGAUAAACCGAUUAUAAGGUGCCAGAUUUGUGUGUAUGCAGGGGCCUGUCCGACAAUGGGUAGUGCCUCUGUUAUGACUAUGCUCGAUAUCUUGAAAUGUUUCUUGUUUUACUUUAGCUAGCCGUCGUUACAAUGCUACAUGGUGUCGUCCUGUAACUGUAGGGGCCUUAGGGCUGAGCACUUUUAAUUUCCCGCUUGAAAGUAGACAUGAGCUGACGUGUUUGUUGACUAGCGUGUGGUGUUGGUGUGUGAGGUGUGUAGGACUCUCACGGCUGUAUAUAUACGCCGGGCUGUUGGUGCCUCAAAGUGGAAGAGUUGUAUACACUCUUCGUUUGAUUCUGUUGCAUGGGUCUGGUUCUUAUUAAGCCAGGAAUAAAUCCUUCCGUUUGUCUUUACCCCUUGCUCUUGUGUCAACGCCAUGUUGAUGUCAUCACCACGAAUCACUGAACUUCCUCCCCUUCCAUUUGUUUUUGCCUUAACUCCCUCACACACACUUACCCUGAUGCGUGCACACACACAGAAGCGCGCGCACACGCACACACACACACACACACACAGUUCUCAUGUUAGCGUUACUAAUAGCGUAUCUAUUUAAGGAAUCCGAGGGAAAACAUGAAGGGAAAGAUGGAAAGAUAAACAGGAACCCCUUUCCCACAACAUCUCAUGUUUCCUACUCCUGACUGAUUCUUGCUCGGAAUUUAAAUUAUACACAGUAGACAAAGUUCACUUUGCUUGUUAUACACUGAAUAUAAAAGGUUUCUUCUUCUACUUAAAAAAAGAUACAAAUCUGACAUUGAAACUGCAUGUCAUCACAAAAGGAUAAAAACACAAACCAGGUGACUCUGUGUGCCCUAUUGACCCUCUUGCAAAUGGAUGUCCAUGUUUCAGUUGUUAGGAUUGGGGUGGGGCAGGCUUCAACAAAGAAUCUUGUGUCUCAGCCUCAUAGUUUCCAGACGUCCGACGUCCGCCCCCCGACCGUUAUCCGCCUCCUAUAUCGUCUUAGAUUUGUAGGCUGAAGUUGGAGGGAGGAGGAGAGGGAAGGAGGGGAGGCCAGAUAGGUGAGAAGGAUUAGGAGAGAGAGGAAAAUGGCGAGAGAAGGAGUGAGGCAGGGAGGAAGGAGGAAACAGAGGGACUCUCUGCAGGGGAGACGGCUCUCCAGAGACUGAAAGCAUGCACCCCUUUCUUUUCCAAAUUUUCCACCCAGAUUUAUUCUCAGUCUCUCUCGCUUUCUCCCUUUGGCUUCUUCUUUGUGUACUGUGGUUGUCACGGCGACCGGGCCCCGGAUUCUUGCCUGUUGUUUGUGAUCAUGUCAUGGCAACGCUGUUCCCAUUAUAGAUUACCAUAAGGCCCAAAACCUCCUCACUGGUGCUGAUCACACACACACACACACACACACACACACACGCACACGCACACGCGCGCACACACACACACACACACACACACACACACACACACACACACACACACACACACACACACACACACACAGUGCUGUCUUCAUUAUUUUGAUGAUAUACCUCAUGUUGUUAUAACACAUUUGCUAUUUAACAUGCAACAUGCUCACGGUGCUUAAAAUGUUUUUAAAGCAAGAGUUCAGAGGGUUUGGAGUUCAUACACACAUGCACGCACACACACACAGACUCACUAUUAUGUGCUUCGUCAUGCUGCAGACCCCACUGUAACCCCCACGAUAAAAGCCUUUCCCAUUGUGAGAGUCAUUGGAUUCGUGGCGCGUUCUUUGUCCGGAUGGCUGUGGGGUUGCCUCCUAUAGAUGAUGUAAAGAUGUAUGAAGACUUGAAAUGAAAAAUAAAGAAGUUAAAAAUAGGAAA